AUGAUGGCAGCUGAAGGCUCUGAUAGUGGUGCACCAAACGAAACAGCCUUGAUCCGGCGUUUGGGAUUUCUUGAUCGCUUCUUGGUUGUGUGGAUUCUGCUCGCUAUGAUUAUUGGUGUCAUCAUCGGUGUCUUUGCUCCUAAUGUGCAAGAAUCGUUUGAAACUGUACAAUUUGGGUCUGUAUCUGUACCCAUUGCUAUCGGUUUGCUCGUCAUGAUGUAUCCUGUUCUCUGCAAAAUUCAAUAUGAGCGUCUUCACAUCAUUUUGCAAGAUCAACAUAUUUGGAUUCAAAUAUUGGUAUCUAUUGUCAUCAACUGGAUUAUUGGCCCCAUCGUUAUGACAGCCCUCGCUUGGGCUUGUUUGCCAGAUUUGCCAGGAUUUCGCACAGGUGUAGUCAUGGUGGGGCUAGCAAGAUGUAUCGCUAUGGUGCUCAUUUGGAACACAUUGUCUGGUGGUGAUUCAAACUACUGCGCUAUCUUGGUUGCUAUCAAUUCUAUCCUUCAAAUUGCCUUGUUUUCGCCUUAUGCCGUGUUUUUUAUCAACACCGUGCCGUCUUGGUUUGGUGCACCUCAAGACACAGCCAUCAACGUUGACGUUUGGCCAGUAGCACAAUCUGUGCUCAUCUAUCUUGGUAUUCCACUGGUUGCAGGAUUCAUCACUCGCUUCUCAUUGCGCUGGCUGAAGGGUGACAAAUGGUAUAACGAGACGUUUUUGCCCCACUUUGGUCCCUUGAGUCUCGUUGGUUUGAUUUACACCAUCAUUGUCAUGUUUGCUAAUCAGGGCCAUCAUAUCAUUGACAAUAUCGGCUCAGUCUUCCGUGUCGCCGUGCCUCUGUUCUGCUACUUUAUCAUCAUGUUCUUCAUCCCUUUCUUUGUUCUCAAGAUGGUAUUCCAUUUUCCCUAUGAGCUUGUGGCCACUCAGUCGUUUACAGCUGGUAGCAACAACUUUGAGCUGGCCAUUGCCGUUGCUGUUGGCACAUAUGGCAUCAAUUCAGAGCAAGCAUUAGCCGCCACUAUAGGUCCCCUCAUUGAAGUGCCUGUUCUUGUGAUCCUUGUGUACGUUACGCUCUAUUUCAAAAAGAAACUGGAUUGGAAGAAAAACCACCCUGAUGUAGAAUCUGUCCAGCCUGAUGUUGCCUUAAGCGAUGCUAAAGAAAAGUGUUGUAGCAAGCAGUAA